AGGAGCUCGGUCUUGAAGCCAGAGUGGGAUCACCCUGGGGCCCUCCAGCCGCGGGGGGAAUGAGAUAGGGAUGGGAAUCAUGGGCCCGGGACACCGCGGGUGUAGACGCGCGCAUCCCCGCGUGGAAGCAGAGGGGUCUGGCCGGGCCCCAGCACCUCGUCUUCCUCCCGUUCCUCUUCUGCCUGCAGGUCCGCCGCCAUGAGGAGGCCCUGGCUGCGUGCGCUGCAACUGCUGCUCCUGCUGGGCGCGUCGUGGGCGCGGGAGGGUGCCCCGCGCUGCACCUAUACCUUCGUGCUGCCGCCGCAGAAGUUCACGGGGGCCGUGUGCUGGAGAGGCCCCGCGUCCACGCGGGAGGCGCCCGAAGCCGCCAACGCCAGCGAGCUGGCGGCGCUGCGCAUGCGCGUUGGCCGCCACGAGGAGCUGUUGCGCGAGCUGCAGAGGCUGGCGGCGGCCGACGGCGCCGUGGCCGGCGAGGUGCGCGCGCUGCGCAAGGAAAGCCGCGGCCUGAGCGCGCGCCUGGGCCAGUUGCGCGCGCAGCUGCAGCACGAGGCGGGGCCCGGGGCGGGCCCGGGGGCGGAUCCGGGGGCGGAGCCUGCCGCGGCGCUGGCGCUGCUCGGGGAGCGCGUGCUCAACGCGUCCGCCGAGGCUCAGCGCGCCGCCGCCCGCUUCCACCAGCUGGACGUCAAGUUCCGCGAGCUGGCGCAGCUUGUCACCCAGCAGAGCAGUCUCAUCGCCCGCCUGGAGCGCCUGUGCCCGGGAGGCGCGGGCGGGCAGCAGCAGGUCCUGCCACCACCCCCACUGGUGCCUGUGGUUCCGGUCCGUCUUGUGGGUAGCACCAAUGACACCAGUAGGACGCUGGACCCAGUCCCAGAGCCCCAGAGAGACCAGACCCAGAGACAGCAGGAGCCCCUGGGUUCUCCCAUCCCUGCAGGUCAACCUGCUGUCCCCACCAAGCCUGUGGGCCCAUGGCAGGAUUGUGCAGAGGCCCGCCAGGCAGGCCAUGAACAGAGUGGAGUGUAUGAACUGCGAGUGGGCCGGCAUGUGGUGUCAGCAUGGUGUGAGCAGCAGCUGGAGGGUGGAGGCUGGACUGUGAUCCAGCGGAGGCAAGAUGGUUCAGUCAACUUCUUCACUACCUGGCAGCACUAUAAGGUGGGCUUUGGGCGGCCAGACGGAGAAUACUGGCUGGGCCUUGAACCCGUGUAUCAGCUGACCAGCCGUGGGGACCAUGAGCUGCUGGUUCUCCUGGAAGACUGGGGGGGCCGUGGAGCACGUGCCCACUAUGAUGGCUUCUCCCUGGAACCUGAGAGCGACCACUACCGCCUGCGGCUUGGCCAGUACCAUGGUGAUGCUGGAGACUCUCUUUCCUGGCACAAUGACAAGCCCUUCAGCACCAUGGAUAGGGACCGAGACUCCUAUUCUGGUAACUGUGCCCUGUACCAGCGGGGAGGCUGGUGGUACCAUGCCUGUGCCCACUCCAACCUCAACGGUGUGUGGCACCGCGGCGGCCACUACCGAAGCCGCUACCAGGAUGGUGUCUACUGGGCUGAGUUUCGUGGUGGAGCAUACUCUCUCAGGAAGGCUGCCAUGCUCAUUCGGCCCCUGAAGCUGUGA